AGGGGCGCGGGAGGACGGAAGCCAUGAGGGCCUCCGGGGUGGGAGACCCCGGUGCCCCAGCCCCGGGAGAAGAGGGGAAGCCGCGUCUCCGUGUUUAAUCCCCGCCGGGGUCGCUCUCCGCGCCCGGCAGCAGAUGGCGCCCCGUCCGAGGCAGCCGCAACGGAGGCCGGCUGUGCUUUUCGGCUCCUGAGGGGAAAGGGGAGCCCUUUGCAAAUGGCCUCCCUCGAGGACACACGCACACCCCUUUUAAAACGGGUGGAAAGAGGUGUUAGGCGAAGUAGACACGGGACCGCAUUUAACAUGUAGUCCAAAGCCCCCCUCCCCCGGUUUCAAAUCGGAUUAUAAUGUCGCCACGCCUGUUUUGCAGAGGUGUUCGCAGCACCGACUAGAGGCGAAUUUAAGGGCUCAAAUUUGCGUGAAGCAAAUCGAGCAGCGGUAUUUCCCAGCAAAGUGCAGGAUGUCUAGGCGUUUUGGGUAAUGUCAUGUGAACACAGGUGAAAAAUCCAGCACUUUAAAUACAGCGAGUGCGCUACAGUAAAUGGAAGCGUGGACACAGCAGAAGAAGUUCGCUAUUAGUACCGUAACUGCCCACGCCUGGAAUAUUAACAUGCCAGUCCAAGAGGGGGAAAGAUGGAUGCAAUGAUAAGAUUAUUGGCAGGCCAUUUUUUAAAAUGGGCUUGGAAUCUUGGCCUUGUUCCUCAUGCUUCCUGCAUACUAACUGUUGAACAGGACCAUUUAGCUUAUUUAGUGCCACACAUUCUCAUAGAAUUUUAAAUUAUUGCUUCCAUAAUCAUCACAUUACAUAAUUUAUGAUACAACCAGAUGAACAUAUAGCAGACAAAAUGCUGCUUAUUACUGCUAUAAGCCAUCAUGCACUUUGGGAAUGGCAAUGUUUGGCUGAAUGUUAAAGCUGGUGAAGUGACGAGGUCAACUUAUGUCUUGCCUUAAAUUUGUUUCAUAUUCUAUGACAGUGUAGGAGAAAAAAAGAUUAUAAAUGAAGCUUUUUAAUCUGAAUUUGUUUGGUUUUGAAUUGUUCAUGUGAAAAUGAUUUUCUUUCUCCAGAUGUGUUCCAAAAAGAAUAGGAGACAGUAAAGACUAUGUCUGUUUUCCCCAAAAUCUCAUUGAGGGCAAAGGUUGAAGAGUACCUGAGGGCUACGUUUAAAAAUGAUGAGAUCCUAACUGCUUUGGAUGCAGUGGAAGCCGAGCGGAAAUAUGAAUCUCUGUUAAAUAAUUUAUCCCAUCCACCAGCUUUCACAACUGUUCGAGUGAACACCCACCUGGCAUCUGUGGAAGAUGUAAGAGGUCUGCUUUCUGAAGAGAUCCACAAGCAGUACACAAGUCUUAGUGUUCCGGUUCUUCGGCACCCAAAACUUCCUGACAUCUUACUUAUUCCUGUUAUUGGGCCCAGAAAGGAUGUACAAAAGUUGACCAAUGAAGUUAUUGUUGGUGCACAGUGUGGCAAUGCCGUGCUUCGAGGAGCACACGUCUAUGCUCCAGGAAUCAUAUCUGCUUCAAAAUUCAUGAAAGCUGGAGAUACUGUUUCAGUAUACUCAGAUAUUGAAGGGAAGUGUAAAAGAGGGGCCAAAGAAUUUCUUGGAACCAAAGUUUUCAUUGGAAAUGGGAUUUCUGAACUGAGCCGAAAUGAAAUCUUUAAUUCUACUGGCCCACUGAAAGGGAUGGGAAUAAAAAUGACAGAACCAAUUUACCUUAGUCCUUCAUUUGACAAAAUGUUAUCGAGUUAUCUGUUUUUACAGAAUUUGCCCUCUUCAGUUGUGAGCUAUGUUUUAAAUCCUCAGCCAGGACAGAGAAUUUUGGACAUGUGUGCUGCUCCCGGGGGGAAAACAACCCAUCUUGCAACAUUAAUGUGUGAUGAGGGAGAGGUAAUUGCCCUGGACAAGAUUGCACACAAAGUGAAAAAGAUAAAGCAAAAUGCUGCAUUACUGAAGUUGAAUUGCAUUAAAGCAUUUUGUUAUGAUGGUACUAAGGCACUUGCCAUUGGCAAAGGAGAGGAUGGGCAAGAAGGACCUCCAUUUUUACCAGAAUCAUUUGACAGAAUACUUCUCGAUGCUCCCUGUAGUGGCAUGGGGCAGAGACCAAAUAUGGUGUAUUCCUGGUCUUUAAAGGAAGUGACUUCUUACCAGCCCUUGCAGCGCAAGCUCUUUAGAGUGGCAGUGCAGCUGCUGAAGCCAGGGGGCACUCUGGUAUACAGUACCUGCACAAUUACGCUUUCUGAAAAUGAGGAGCAAGUUGCCUGGGCACUGGAGACCUUCCCAUGCCUUCAGCUUCAGUCACAGGAGCCCCAUAUUGGAGGAGAAGGCAUGAUGGGAGCUGGGCUGUCACCUGAGCAGUUGAAAAGGCUGCAGAGGUUUGAUCCAUCUGAAGCAGUUUUGCAGGGAAUGGAUUUUAAUUCACUGCAAGAAUUCAGAUACGAAGAUUUGAUAAGCAUGGCAAAUAAGGACUGCAUAGGAUUUUUUAUUGCAAAAUUUAUAAAAGUACCGUGAAAAUCAUGGCUUUAGAAGUCAACAUAAAAAGCACCCUUUCUGUUAACAUUUGGAGCAUUCUGAUCUGUACCUUGAUGCUGCUGCAAUGUUGCCAAGCCAACGGACUGACGACACAGUUGCCAUGGCAGCAGCAUAAUCUGCCAGCUGUUUCCUUUGGGAGAGAUCCACAGGUUGGAGAAACAAGUCUGAGGGAAGGGGCAGCUUCAAUUUGCAAAGCUCCAUUUGGUUUCAUAUUAGCAGUAGGUCACUGAUUCUGGAAACAUGCUUGUUUUUCAGUUUGUCUAAAAGAUUUAUUUUUUUUAGAAAAAAGCUGCAAUUAUGUACAGUAGAAAAUCUGCUUUCAAAGUAUUUUAUCAUUAAUUAAAUACACUGUCACAUGUUGUAAAACCUUGUCUGAACUCUCAAAUUGCUGUUUUUGAAAAACAAUUUUAUAUUAAAUGGCAUUUCCUACAAAACAAUAUUAAUCUUUAAGUGAUAUUGUACAUCUUGGUGCUUUAAAUUAUUAAUCAAUGUCUUCUAAGCAGAUAUCCUUCAAGGCCUAAUCCUAUUUUCCUUGUAUCUUGACUUUCUAGCAGCACUCAAACAUUAUUUUCUGUUUCCGGAGAAUGCAGAUUUGUGAAUUCCAAGAUCAGCUAACAGACCAAAAAUUCCUUCAAGCAUCACCAUCAUCUUUGGCCCUAGAAGGAGUGGCAACUAAAUAUCUUAGCAUUCCCAUUGCUUUUUAUAUUGUCUCAUUUUUAUUUUAAGUAGCCUUUGCAUCCUCAAUUGCAUUACUCAAUUCCAGCAGUAAUUAAUUUUUAUACCGCUUACUAGAACAAAUGCCACCAAGCAGUUUAGAAUGAUGUAAUAUAUAUGGAAUGGGCAAUGUUGAGUGGUUAAUGUGCAUAACUGGCCAGUGUAUACAUGCACCAGGCAUCAGGGAGAAUGUGCACAUAAUUCAUCAAUGAAGAGGUAAUAGUGCACAUUUUACAGGCACUGUCAGGGUUGACAGGCUUCCUCUCUUCACAGCAAUCACCACGAGACUUUUCUGGCAUUCUUAUGCCUUUAUUUACAGUAUCUACAACAAGUCAUUAGCGGGUAAUAAUCACUCAUCAGAGUCACUCAGUUCAGAUCUCUGCUUAGCCUACACUCGCCUUUCCAGGAACCAAAAAAAUGACAGCGCCUUGCCUUUCAGCCCUCCUCUAUCAUCUCCCUCCUCCUGGUCCCCCUCUGGGGAACUAGAAACUGCUGGCUCAUCCCUGACAGGCAAUAUGCAUAAUCUCCAGAGGAACUUGGGAAAUGCACAUAUAUCUACAGAAUCCUGUACGUCCUCUGGUCAUUAUGUAUAAUCUCCAAGAGUCAUUUGGAGGGGGGUAUAUCUGACCUUUGUUUCGUACGUUCUCCAGGCAGCAAGCACAUUCUCUGGUCAGUAUGCAUAGUCAUGUCUCUUGUUUGGAAGAGUGCAAUCCAUCUCCUCUGCCCUUCUGUUGGUCCAUUGACUAAUCAUGGCCCACAUCAGACCCUCCCAUUGAUCGGCUGAGUAGCAACAGGAAGAAGGGAUCCAUAUUUUUAAAAUAACUUUUUUUUGCAUUCCAGCCCUUUACACUACUCUCAGCUGUUCCCCAGUCAGCUUAGCAACACAACAGGGAUAGAAGGGGAAGCUUUAAACCUUCCCUCUGCCUUCCCCAAUUUCGAUGGCAAUUGCCCCCUGCCCAGUGCUGCUACCGGUAUUAAGCUUAGGAAAAAAACAGCAUUGGGGCAGUCAUAGGAAUCAUAGGGUGUCAUGGGCUUCACCUGCUGAACAGCAUCCUGAAGGGGAAUAAGGCAGAGUGGCUCCACCUGCAGCUGAUCAGGAGGAGAAGGCACUGAUGAGAACCAGCUGGCUUUCGGCCUUCUUAAGCAGAGUUUCCAGCAGCAGUCAGAUGCUGGUAACAACGUUUGUAGUUCCUGGGCCUAACUUGCUGCUCCCUGCUCAUCUUGACCCUUGGCCACCUGCUCAUCAGAUUCCUUGACCCCUGGACUAUCUGACCAUGUGGAUUGCUGUUUGCCCGACCCUAGGACUGGACCUGACUUUGGAUGCUUACUCUGCCUCCAGGCAAGUACACCUCAGAGACCCUUUGGGUUGGCUGGUUUCCCACUGUGCUGACCUCUGCAUGUUUUUGCUCAGCAACAAGACUAUGACACAGGGGAGGGGGGGAGUUUCAGCUUGCUGAGGAAAAUCACCAUCAAUUAGAAAGCCUGACUGAAUCAAUUUGGUGCUAGUUUUCUAUACCAUAAACAAGUUUCACUGAAAGCAACGGAAUGAAACUUCGUAACUGAGUUUUGCACUGCUGUGUGGGACUGCAAUAUCUAGCUCUCCUCCCGUUUAAUGUACAGUACACAGAAAACAGUAGCCUGGAACUUUGUGUCCUGAUAUGUAGAUACAGGAAGUCUUUUGUAUAUGAGAGGGGAGAUUCAAAUGUGAUCAUGCAUAUCCUGUCUGAAAUGGGAAGGCUCAGCAACAGAUAAAUCAGGUGGAACAGUGUAAGGAAAUAAACAGCUAUCUGACUUUUAGAAGACAUCUGAAGGCAGCCCUGUUAAGGGAAGUUUUUGAUGUUUGAUGUUUUUUUCACUUUAUUAUUAAUACUCUAUUGGGAGCUGCCCAGAGUGGCUGGGGAAACACAGCCAGAUGGGCAGGGUAUAGAUAAUAAUUCAUUGUUGUUGUCAUCAUCUUGAAUUUAAGUUCUAUUUGUCAAUCUUAAUUGGGCUUGGGCACAAUUGGCUUUUGCUGCACAAGCUAACUUUUUCUGCUAGAAGAUCUAACUAAAUUUGUUUCUGAAAUGAAAUGUGAACUUGUCAUUGACUUCAGUGUAGAGGAGGUUACAAUUUCCAGAAACCAAAAACAGCAAGAGGUUUCCUGUUUGCCUGAGCAUCAGAGGCUGGUGCAUUUCUAUAGCGUGUCCACACAUACACACUGUUGCUUCCAGCGCUAAACAUUCGCUUGAAUCCAUAGGAUUUCUUACAAGUAUUGAAACAUAGCAGUGUGUGUGGUUCACAUAUUCUUGUAUCAAAAAACCUUUGGUUUAAAGAGAACAAAGAAGUUACAUAUUUAUGGACCAAAAAAUACUUGCAAGUUAAAGUGUCUGCCUUAAGUUGCAUGCUAGGUAAACGGUAAAUGUUUUCCACAGUGUAGCUGGCUUUAAGACAUAGCCUCCAUCUGUCCACCCUUGCAUUUAGUUUUUCAGAUCUGAUACAGGUUGGAGUCAUCACUGAAAUUCAGGGCAGUAGGAGUGCAGUGAUUGUCUUCUUCCACACCGAGGGCCCACUUACCAUAUGUGUUUUCAUGUGCAUUAAUGACUUACUUUACUGUCAACAGGGCUGUAUGUAGAUGGGAGGGUGGAACAAGGUUGACAGAUGCUAUUAAGAGAAGGCAUGAGUGGAGGCAGCCUGGCACUGAAUGAAGCAUCUGUUUCACCAUGAGUGAAAUGCAAGUCGGCAAGUAAAAGGAGGCAAUGACACUGUCCUGCAUUUAUGACUAAAUGUUAAUAGGCCUAGCCUGUGCAACACAUAUAUUUCAGUAAUGCUGGCUUGUUUGCACUCUACUCCUUAACAUAAGCUUUGUUAGUUGUCAUUGUCUGAAAAAAUCAGGGAGCCCAGCCUCAGUGUUUCCUGCGGAAGAUGAGAAUUGGAGUGGAAAUCCCGAGGGGAAAGUGAGUUUGUAGAGGUUUGUAGAGGUUAAUAUAUAGUGUCUACUAUGUAACAUGACAUGUUUGUUACUUACAUAGCACAGAAUGUGCAAGAAUCUGUCGUGGCAAGAAUGUAUUUGUAAGUGCAUUAACUCAAUCAAGUAGAAGGGGUUUUUUAAAUCCUAAAAUUUCUUCCUCUUUAUUCGUUGAGAUUUCUGUCUUUUUAAAGGAAAUUUAUUGAGUUAUAUGAGCCCGAGGGUAGGAAUUUAACUUGACUGUGACUCUGUGGUAACUCGCAUACAUACUGCAUUACUGCAGUUUAAUUCUGCAUACUGAGCAAAGCCCUCUUAGUAUCUGGAAAACCAUUACAUUACCUGUUCUGUUUCCAAACUUUUAGUGGAGAUGAAACAAUGAAAACAAUAUAAAUUUCACUUACAAAUGUUUACCCAUUCUUCAUAAUCUUGACUUAAGAUCAAAAACUUUCUUAUAUGUACUGUUGCAUCUUCAUUAUUGCUAGUCAACAUAUUAUUGGUAUUAUUAUCAUUAAUUAUUACUGUUCUAUUAAAUUUGUAUACCAUCCUUCAUCUGAAGACCACAAAGUGGUUUACAACAUAUAAAUACAAAAUGAGAACACAAAAGCAACCCCCCCCCAAAAAACCCCAUUUAAAAUGCCAUGGAGUGCUAAACAGCCAAAGGCCUGGUCACAGAGAAACGUUUUCACCUGGCACCUAACGGUAUGCAAUGAAGGUGCCAGGUGAGACACUCUGGGGGAAGCAUUCUACUAAGUGCCUGUGCCAAGUGCCCCUUACCAUAUUUACCCCUACCCUGGCUGUAGGGGAGCUUCUGCUCUUUCCAGCUCUCUUCCCAAGUACACCCCACAGCUUUCAGUUCAAAGACAAACACCCCCCCCCCCGAGGUUUAUAAAACACAAGUUAAAAAGAAGUUAAAACAAUGUAAAACAUUUUAAAUAAUUUAGCCACUAAUGCAGCAAACAAAACCCACCAUGCAAUAACCUCAGUCCAAAAGUCUGUUCAGCCGCCUCCACUUUUGUUGUUGGAUUAAGUCAGGGCCACCCCCUGCCAGGUGGAAAAGGCCUGCAAGGCAGGGAGCAGGUCCCCCAAGAUUCUUAUGGCAAGGCAUUUCCUUAUGUUUGCCAAGAUUCUUAUGGCAAGGCAUUUCCUUAUGUUUGUUUUUAGUAUUCAGCACGAAUCCUGAUUAUUAGGGCAAAGGGCAUUUGCCAUUUUACAAUGCUGCAAAUAAAGCAAUGUUGUAUAUUCAUAGCACUUUGCUCAUCUGAAUGUUUUAGUAUUGAUUUAAUUAUUUUAAAACCCUGUUGUAUUCUGCCUGAAUGCCAGGUUCUUAGUGAGCAGCUUCGUAACAGAAAAAUGACCCAUCACUUUGCAAGAAGUACAAGGCCAGCCUCUUCUCUUUGUCUUAAGAGUAAUUGAGGAAAACACACAACGGACAGGUUAUUAAGUACCAAAUAGUAAUCAUUAAAAGAUUAUGAGCUAUAGUACUCAACCUUGACACCAAUAGAUUUGUUAGAAUUCAUCAGUUUGCUAAUAGUGCAUACUAUGAAGAAAUGAAUAAACAUUGGAUUGAAUCUAGACCAAGUUAGUUGUACUUAAAUCCCAUUUAAAUCAAUGAGACAAACUAGUUGUCACCUUUAAGACCUAUCAAUUUCAAUGGAAACUAAUGGCAAUCUUGUAUAUUUCUAUUCAAAAGUACCAUUGAGUUCAGUUGUAUUUGCAUGUAUAUAAGUGUAUAGAAUUGCAGCCCAAAUGAACUAUCUGAAUCAAACCCAUUGAGUUUCCAGUUCCAACUGGAACUGUUUGUAGCUUUAUAUGGAAGCUUGUUGCAGAUGCUGAAGAAUUUGAAAUCCUGCCAAAGUGUUGCAAAGAGAAAGAAUCGGCAUUAAAAGCCAGAAAAUUAAGAGUAAUGACUAUAGCCAGGGGAGUGGGGGGUAGGGCUUUAGAAUAUUGCAGAAAUAUAAUAGUGAGAAGUGCCCCCCCCCAAUGAAUCAUGGGUGGAGGGGAGGGAAUACUCUCCCUAAUUACAGAGCUCUGGAAUAAAUAGCUUCCUGUUCACCUAACCCUGGACAUUGACAGUCUAGCAUUAUAUUGUAAUUACCCCAUAGUAUUGCAGUAGGUUUGUGAUGUGUGUGUGUGAGAGAGAGAGAGAAAGAGAGUUGCUGAUACCCUGAGUUCAUUCUUUGGAGUCCUGUUAAAGUCUCAUAGCGCAGCAGUUACCAAUUAGCUAAGUAAUGCAGCUCCCAUUUUUCAAAAGCCAAGCCAUGCACCCCAUAUUAUUGACAAUUUUGAUCUCUUUGGUAGUUUUUGUUGUGUGAAUGGUGCCACGGACCCCCUGGGUGGGUUACACCGACCCCCCGAUUGGGAACCACUGUCAUAGAAGAUACUCUUGGUGAACUAGGCAAUUGUAAGACAUUGUCCUUAGCUUGACGCCAAGUGUCUUCAUCAGCAUCCCAAAAGAAGGGUCUAGGCUGCAAGAGCUACAACUAGGUGAUGGUGCCCACCAGGCAAAUGGCUGGGCCUUCCCACUCAUCUAACUGCCAGGUGGAGAGAACAGUAGCCAGUGUGGUAUGCGUGAGCUGAGCUGUCAUUGGUUUACAGCACAAUUCUAUGCAUGUUUAGUCAGAAGCUAACUCUAUUUAGCUCAAUGGGCUUUACUACCAAUUGCAUGUGUGCAGGAUUGCAGUUCUUGUCUCGAAACUAUGUGGUACAAUGUGAGGUAGGGAUGGAUUGCUUGAAUGAAUGAAUGAAUGAAUGAAUGGCUUUAAUUCUGAUUGCAAUUAGUUAUAUUGUGUUUUACAGUUUUAGGGUGAAUUUAUUGAAUAAAUUAAUGUUUGCUCUCUUCUCCCCCCCUUUCUUGUGUUAUAUGGGAGUCUAGAGAAAAGUUCCCCACAGGAUACACCAACAUUCACAUUUCAGUAUUCCUUUUAAGAUGCUUUUAAGCUGUUAGGAGCUCUGACCCUUCCACAACUUAAGAGAAGCUCAAGUCCUUUCAGGACUCCUAAGAGUUCCAACUGAACACUUAAGGAACCUUGGAAUACACCUGCAUCUGCCUUCUCCCCUGGUCCCAAGGUCUAGAAACUCACCUUUGGAAUAGGGGAAGGUAGUGGCAGCUGUGGGUGCUCCUAGGACCCUCUAUCAUGUGAGGAACUGGUACAAGGCUUACAAGUCUCAGAACAUCCAGCAGGAAACCGGCACUAUGGCAGCAAGAAUGUUGUGGAUGCCUUUCCCACUGGGUAUUCUGGAAUGUGUCUCCAUUACCGCCUUCCCUUUUCCCACUGUAUUAACUUGCUCGCAUUAAAAGUAUAGUAGCUGUACAGGGCAAACCUGAAAUUCAGUUUUGAGUCUUGCUUGCUUCUGUCAGGAAGUUACAAUAGCCUUUUAGGAACUUGCUAGAGCACGGGUGUCAAACACAAGGCCCGGGGGCCAAAUCCGGCCCGCCAGACCUCGUCAUGUGGCCCGCCGAGCUCCCCAGCCAGCGGGACCCAGCGCAGACAAACAGCUGGGGCCGGGGGGGGGGGGGUAGAAAGGUGGCUGGAGCAGCGCCGCACGGAGAGUCCCGAGCCUCUGCGACGCAGUUUUGACCUUUAAAACCCUAUGCAGCUUGGGACCCUUGUACCUACGGGACCGCCUCUCCUGGUAUGCCCCGCGGAGGACCUUAAGGUCCACAAACAAUAUUCUGGAGAUCCUGAGCCAUAAGAUGGCCAGAUUGGCCUCUACUAGAGCCAGGGCCUUUUCAGUACUGGCCCCAACUUGGUGGAACGCUCUUUCCCAGGAGACCAGGGCCCUGCGGGAUUUGUCAUCUUUCCGCAUGGCCUGCAAGACAGAGCUGUUCCACCUGGCCUUUGGGUUAGACUCAGCUUGACCCCUGUGUUUUUCCUCCCUUAUGGCUUGGACUUAUGGAAUACUUGAAUUUGAGGCUGCACUUUAAAUUUUAAUACGGUAUUUUAAUCUGUAUUUUACUUAAUUGUUUUUAUGUUUUAUGGUAAUUCUGUUGGUGUCAGCCGCCCUGAGCCCGGUUUUUGACUGGGGAGGGCAGGGUAUAAAUAAAAAUUUAUUAUUAUUAUUAUUAUUAUUAUUAUUAUUAUUAUUAUUACUUACAUUAUUACAAAAACAGUAAUAAUUGAAUGCAGUGACAAUAAUUUAUGAUAAUAAAGAGUGGACACAUAGUCCUACAGAUACAACCGGCCCUUUGAGGGUGACCAAACUGCUGAUGUGGCCCCCGAUGAAUUUGAGUUUGACACCCCUGUGCUAGAGGCUAAAAUCCAGAGGCAAGUGUCAGAAGGCCAUGUUAACCAGGAUACAGAAAUAUAGGAAAGUGGAGAAGCUACAAAAAUUUAUUUUCCAACAAAAUAACUCUCCACAAGCAGUGUAAACUUUUCUUACUAAAACAAAUACUCUAAAACACAAAAAGAUUUUACAUUUCCAGUGAAACACUCAGUCACAUUUGCCUGUGUUUUUUACUUUCCUGGAUCCUCGACAAAGAGCCAGCAGAUUGAUGCUUUCCCAAUUACCUGUAGACAUAAACUUCCUCAUGUUGGACCUUUAGAGUUGCAGACAGAAGGAAAACCCUUACUCAUUUUUGGAAUAAUUACACUCUCGGGACCAACUGAUGUGUUAUGAUUCAGCCCCAAUUGCCAUAUUUAGCUGCUCAAAUGAGUUCUUUGCUGCCAUGGCCAGUGUGGUGCUUAAAAUCUAAGCAUGGAAGAUCAUGCGGUCCUUUGAUAAGAGAGCAUAUUGAAAGUGUGGGAAUCCCUUUUCAUGAAAGUACAAUUAAGGAUUUCCUGACAUUGUACUGCAUAUGUGUACAAAUCGUAAUACCUGAGCAGCUAAAGGUGGAAAUUAUGGUUGAUUCAUAAUAUAUGGGUUGCCUAUAGUCUCCUGUGUACCCUUUACAACCACUCCUGUUGUCAAUUGUUUUACACACAAACACACACUUUUGCACCAUGUCAAAUGUGGCCUAUCAAGUUGACAAGAAAAAAUGUUAUCUGUGUGCUCACUGCAAUUAGUGUGUCCUGUUUAGAGCAUUUAUAGUGUCACAUUAUUUUUGCUGUAGAUUUAAAAGUGCAAAAAUGAUUUUAAGUUUUUAAGGACAAUCCAACCUUUUAUCCUAAUGUAUUCCUAUUUACACUAAAUAUAAGCUUUCUGCUACUGAAGAACGUGUGUCUAGAGUGAACCUUGUUAACAAAUUUCCUGAAUGAGGCUAGUUCCAGUUGCCAGUAAUUCAAAAGCAAAUCUGCUGACUUGGCAUUAGGACUUUAAACAGUGUGGUCAAUCUUAUAUAAGAAGGUGUUUGCAGAAAUAACAUUUAUAAACUGUCUAUACAGUACACAGUACCAGUACAUAGAAAAGAGAUUUUGACUUUAUGAUCCCCUGUGUGUAAGGCAAAACUGAAUUCUGUCUCCAAAUGUAGUCCACUAGAAGUACAAUCAACAGAAAGUGGCUCUCAAAUCAAUGGCAAAUCAGGUGCCUAACGAUUAAAAAAAAAAAUCCAAACAGAUGAGAGCUUCAGUUUUGGAUGUGCUGAUUUUGGCUUGCUGAAAAACAUGGGAAGUUAAUAAACACCAAUUGUAUUUUGUCUGAAAACACUAACAACACCUUGAUGACAACAGAUAUUGUUCAAGUGGCAGCUACCAAAAACGGCUUUGGGGGGGG